AUGAAAGAAAUGUUGACAAAUCAAACUACUUCAGGAUAUAGUAAUUCUUUCGUUAAUAAUAACGGAGAUACCAAUAGCAACAGUACAACUGACAAUAAUACAAGGAAAUAUGCUGUACUCAGUACAGAUUGGAUAUCUGCAAUUGGAGAAGAAUUAGGGAUGCAUCCCUUACCAGAUUCUUUGUUAAAAAGACUUGCAGAGGAUGCCUCGUAUCGUCUGAGAGAAGUUUUACAUAAAUGUGUGACAAGACUAAAGCAUAGCAAGAGAAAGCGCUUAACAUCUACAGAUGUAAAUGCUGUGAUUACCAAUUUAUGUGAUGUAGAUCCAAUAUUGGGUGCACCAGAAUCUAUGCCAGAAUAUCAUACAGAAGCAAAAGUUUUUGUUCCUAAUGAACAUAUUAUUAAUCUAGUACAGAAAAUAAAUGAUCCACUUAACAUAUCACAAAGUAAUGUACCUGUCAUUCAAGAAUCAGAAAUAUGUGAUAUAAGGCUUGCAGAAGCACGCAAUAAUUAUGCAAAACGUGCAUUGAAGACUUUAUUCAAUGGAUCUCAAAAAACUUUUCAGGUUCUAAUUAAUGACUGUGCUACUAAUGCACAUUUGAGUGGAGAAGGUGUAGUAGAUAAAUUAAUGUCUAUUGCUAGAUCAAUGGUAAUUUCAAAUAAUGCACAUUACACAAGAGUAUCUACAAGAACAUGCCAACUUAUUAUUGCAAUUGCAAGUAACAGUGAAGCUGUUUACCCAUAUCACUUAUCUUCGGUAGAUAAGCUGACCAAACUGCUAUUGGAAUUGCUUUUGGGACAAAGUUUUAUGAAUCCAAACCUUGAAACAUUUUUUAAAGAAUGUGCGCUGAAGCUGAUGCUUCGUUGGCCGUCCGUUGCUGAUAAGUAUAUCCCCACAUUGGAGAACGUGCUUUUAAAGGAAGAUAAAGAAAACGUGGAUGGCAGUAAAAAAAAAGUAAUGGCUAUGGAAUUGUUGGCAAGCAUUCAGCCUUUAAUAUUUUUUCAACACGAAUUAGACUCUCCACUUUCUGUGCAUACUGUUCUAAAAUUUGCACCGUCAGGUUCUGCUUUGUGGCAAAAGAUAGCUCUCGCUAUUUGUGCCCUUAUAAAAUCGCAAUCUCACACAUUAGACAUUGAAGCUUUUAUGGAGCAUUAUGGAGAUUCUUUAUUACCAUACUUACCUAUUAGUUAUAAAAGCACAGUGAAUGCUUUUAAAAAACCUAAUCCUCUUCCUAUUACGAUUAAAAGCAAGAUAAAGUAUGUUAACGUUAGACCUGUUAUAAGUAAUCGACUGUUAUGGGAUCGGCAAACAGCAUUUCCUGAUUCUACAUUACGAGGUCCUAGACGGGAAAUAAGAUUUGCAUUCGCUGGUGGUCGACCUGUACCGCCGAGUAAUUUAAGACGAGUUAGUUUAAGAGCGAAUUAUCAAAUUUUAAGAAGCGAACUUCAAGCUACUCUUGCCCUCGUAGCAUCGCGAAGAUUAUUAGUACUUAAAGAUAAAAGAAAAAGGCCUUUUGAUACUUACAAUCUAUUAUAUGGUUAUUUAUAA